AUGCAAUUUUUUAUUCAAACAGUGGUAAUGAAGAAAGCGCUACUGCCUGCGAAAACUAUUAGCAAGGAGAAGCAAAAUUCUGGGAAAGAAGCUCUAACGAAGCUCUUGAGAUGGCAUUUUGGGCAUCCUGAGUAUCGAGGAAAGCAGUUGGAAGCCAUAGAAGCUGUCUUAUCUGGAAGGGAUUGUUUCUGUCUGAUGCCAACUGGUGGUGGGAAGUCGAUUUGUUAUCAAAUCCCUGCUCUAGCAAAACGAGGCAUUGUGCUUGUUGUUUCUCCUUUAAUAGCCUUAAUGGAAAACCAAGUUAUGGCAUUGAAGGAAAAAGGGGUAGCUGCUGAAUAUCUCUCCUCAACUCAGACUUCACAAGUUAGGAAUAAGAUUCAUGAGGAGCUUGAAUCUGGAAAUCCAUCAAUGAGGUUACUCUAUGUGACACCAGAAUUGAUUGCAACAACAGGAUUUAUGCUGAAGCUAACAAAACUUCAUUCUAGAGGGUUGUUGAAUCUGAUAGCUGUAGAUGAGGCACAUUGCAUUUCAACAUGGGGCCAUGAUUUUAGGCCUAGCUACAGAAAGUUAGCUUCUUUGAGGAAACGCCUGCCAGAUGUACCAAUAUUAGCAUUGACAGCUACUGCUGUUCCCAAGGUUCAGGUGGAUGUGAUAGAGUCUUUGAACAUGGAAAACCCUCUAGUCCUUAAAUCGUCAUUUAAUCGCCCAAAUAUAUAUUAUGAAGUUCGAUUUAAAGACCUUCUAAAAGACCCUUAUGAUGAUCUAACUGAUCUAAUUAAAUCCUGUGGAGAUGUUUGUGGGAUUGUGUAUUGCCUUGAACGUACAAUGUGUGAUGACUUGGCUUCUCAUUUAUCAAAAAAUGGCAUUUCUUGUGCUGCAUAUCAUGCAGGGUUGAACAAUAAAUUACGGACUUCUGUUUUGGAUGAUUGGAUUUCUGCCAAGACACAAGUUGUAGUGGCUACAGUGGCUUUUGGGAUGGGAAUUGAUCGAAAGGAUGUUAGGAUUGUUUGUCAUUUCAAUAUUCCAAAGUCAAUGGUAUCAUUCUAUCAAGAAUCAGGUAGAGCUGGUCGUGAUCAACAGCCUUCUAGAAGCAUUUUGUACUAUGGAAUAGAUGAUCGCAAGAAAAUGCAAUUUAUAUUGAAUAAUGCGGAUAACAAAAAGUCACAGGAUGGGUCACCAAAGAAGUCAGUUGAUGAAUUCAAUUCAAUGGUUGAGUAUUGUGAAACAUCUGGUUGUCGUAGGAAAAAGAUUCUUGAUAGUUUUGGGGAACAGGUAUCCACAUCAGUGUGUAAGAAAACAUGUGAUGCAUGUAAAGAUCCAAAUUUAGUGAUGAAGAACUUAGAGGAGCUUAAAACCAUGUGUUCUCUUCGUAAUAGAAUCGGAUACUCACAGAUAUUUAUAAAUAGCUCCUCAAAGUCGUUUGGUGAAGUGGAAUUCUCAGAAUACUGGUCUCGUGAUGACAAGGCAAUUCCAUCUGAGGAUGAUAUAUCUGAUGAUGAUGAUGAUGGUAUUGAUGAUGUGGAUGGCCUUACACAGACGCCCUUAUCAUCAAAAUCAAGACUUAUUGAAAAAAUGGAAUUAUUACAACGAGCAGAAGAGAAAUAUUAUCAAAAUAAAAGUCCAAAACAGAGCAAUAAACUGGACAAAAAUGCCAUAAGUGAAACAACAAGGGAAUCCUGCAAGCAAAGAUUACUAAAUGCAUUAAAACAAACGCAACAACGCCUCGACAACUUUCCGAUAGACCCUGAAACAUCUUCUACAUUCUUGGAGAAUGAAUGCUACAAAAAAUACGGGAAAACCGGGAAAUCAUUUUAUUUAUCACAAGUGGCAAGUACUGUGAGGUGGCUUUCAACAGCUAACACUACAGACUUGACUUCUAGGCUUGCCACCAGCGGUCAAAGCCCUACUUCAAAAAAGUCAACGGAAGUAGAACCUUCCUCUAUUUCAAAUCAUGCAAUGAAGAUGAACAAAAAAGAUGAUGAUGAAAAUGUUACAUCAGGACACCCUUCAACAAACACUUACAAUGAUAUAAAGUUGCCACCAAUCCCAUCUUUCUCUGAAUUUGUCAACAAAAAAACCAACAAUGAGAGCAAUCCAUCACCACUGAAAAGAAACAGAUUUCACUAG